GCUAGGGUUUCACAUCUUCAUCCUAUAAAACGAAACCCCGGCGCCUCUUUAAAGCUGUGCUGCUUGAACAUAACGGAAGUUACCAUUCUCCAUAUCUUAGAAGCAGCUCAUAACUUCAGCCGCAAUGGUGAAGUACUCAAAAGAGCCAGAUAAUCCCACCAAGUCCUGCAAGUCUAGGGGUUCGGAUCUGAGGGUUCAUUUUAAGAACACCAGAGAAACAGCCCACGCUAUCAGGAAGUUGCCUUUGGUCAAGGCUAAGAGGUAUUUGGAGGAUGUUAUAGCCCAUAAACAGGCUAUACCCUUCACACGCUUCUGUGGUGGUGUUGGACGUACUGCUCAGGCAAAGAACAGGCAUCCAAAUGGCCAAGGGCGGUGGCCAGUCAAAUCUGCAAAAUUCAUUCUAGAUUUGCUUAAGAAUGCUGAAAGCAAUGCUGAAGUGAAAGGUUUGGAUGUUGAUGCACUCUACAUUUCUCACAUUCAAGUGAACCAGGCCCAGAAGCAAAGGCGCCGCACAUACCGAGCCCACGGACGAAUUAAUCCUUACAUGUCAUCCCCAUGUCACAUUGAAUUGACAUUGUCUGAAAAGGAAGAACCAGUAAGGAAGGAGCCGGAAAGCCAGUUGGCAACUAGCAAGUCCAAGAAGUAAUUGUCCUGAGCUGUAGCGAGUCUGAGUGGAUUGCGCUCUCUUCUGUGGUCUUCCUAUAGGUUUUUUACGUCUAAUACUGACUAAGCUGUUAUUUAGUUGGGAUCGGACGGCUUAAUUUAUGCUUAGUUUAAUCAUGGGUGUAAUUUUUCAUGGAUUCAGUUGGAAGAUUUUGAAAUUUCAAGAAUUUUCAAGCUUAUAUAAAAUAUAGCCGUCAAUAUAUGUCCA